UUAUCAAUUAAUGUUCAUUACCGACGGUAAUGAGCGAUGAACAGCCCCGGCUGGGGCGGGUCGAGGACAGCUGUGUAAGAUGGGCAGGACCCUGCACGUCACCCGCCCUGUAUCUGCCUCCAGUCUUCCCGGGAGACCGUCCCCUUUCGCAACAUUUCCUUCAGGGCCUUCGGUCUCCUUCCUUUAAUUCCGAUCUUCGUGACUUUCCGGUGCAGACCUGCCGCGCUAAAAGUGGAGGACUCAGGAGUUAGCGCUGUCCCUCUGACCUCUAAUGCCCUCCUCAGCCGGGUCACGGUGCAAGAAAGAGCGUGGUCCAGGGAGGACGGACGGGGUCAAGGGGAUAACCAAAGGUCAAAGGUCGCCACUACUAGCAAGUAACCAGGCUCUCAAUGGAAUUAUUACUCUUUAUCCCUCUGCAGACUGAAAAAAUGCAGACCACUGGGACAUUACUCAUUUCUCCGGCUCUGAUCCGCUCUUGUACCAGGGGUCUAAUCAGACCUAUGUCUGCCUCCUUCCUAAGUAGACCAGUGAACUCAUCUACACAGCCUUCCUACAGCAGAUCCCCACUCCAGGUGGCCAGACGGGAGUUCCAGACCAGUGUUGUCACCCGGGACAUUGACACAGCGGCCAAGUUUAUUGGUGCUGGAGCCGCCACAGUUGGUGUGGCUGGUUCAGGUGCCGGCAUUGGAACAGUGUUUGGCAGCUUGAUCAUUGGCUAUGCCAGGAACCCGUCUCUCAAGCAGCAACUCUUCUCCUAUGCCAUUCUGGGCUUUGCCCUUUCUGAGGCCAUGGGGCUCUUCUGUUUGAUGGUCGCCUUCCUCAUCCUCUUCGCCAUGUGAGGCUCCGUGGGGGUCACCUACCUGUCCCUGCUGGUUCAACUCCAUGCCAUUCCUGGUGCUGGAGUGUGCUAAGUUUUACCAUUAAACACGUUUCUCUAAAUCCA